GAGCAGCAUAUCCUGGACAGAGUGUGACCCGGGACACGAUGGAGCUGACCGCCAUGAGAGCCGCGAUACUUGUGCUGCUGCUGCCGCCGCUGCUGCUCUGCUUCCCGGCCGGGCAGCAGCCACAGCAGUCCGCCGCUGCUGUCAGAGAGUAUUAUGUAGCUGCUGUGGAGAUCGGCUGGGACUAUGUCCACCUGGAUGAUGAUGACCCAGCGUCCGAGCAAAGGAGAAGAUCCAAAGAUAUUCCUCAAAAAUACAUCAAAGCUGUUUACAGGGAGUACACAGACUCCACAUACACUACCCCCAAGAAACGGCCGCCAUGGACAGGUAUUCAGGGUCCUGUGAUCGUAGCCCGGGCUGGUGACAGGGUGGUGGUCCAUUUCAAAAACCUUGCCUCUCAAUCCUACAGUAUCAGCCCUGUGGGGAUCACCUACUGGAAACAGUCUGAAGGAGCCGGGUAUGAUGACUCCACAGCGGGCCAGGAGAAGGAGGAUGAUGCAGUCUCUCCUGGAGGAUACUAUGAGUACGUGUGGGACAUCAGCCCUAAAGACGGCCCCACCACCAGUGACCCCGAGUGUCUCACUUACUCCUACUCGUCCCAGGUGGACACGGUGCGAGACGUGAACUCAGGACUCAUCGGCGCCCUGCUCAUCUGCAAAGCAAGUGCCUUUACAGAGGACGGCCAGAGGAGAAAUCCAGCGUUCGUCCUGCUGUUUGCGGUGUUCGAUGAGACCAAGAGCUGGUAUGGAGAGGUCGGAGAGCGGAAGAGCAGAGAGAAGUUCAAGAGGAGCGUCGGCAGGAAGGAAUACCACACCAUCAAUGGAUAUAUCAACUCUACGUUACCCGGUUUGACAAUGUGUCAGGGCCGUAAUCAAGUGUCCUGGCAUCUGAUUGGGAUGGGCACGGCUCCAGAAAUUCACUCCAUUCAGUUUCAGGAUCACACUCUGGAGGUGUUGAAUCAUCGUAAAGUCACUGUGGAGGUGACCCCCAUGACAUUCAUCACUGCAGAAAUGAGACCUUCCGCUAUAGGUCGCUUCCUUAUGAGCUGUCAGAUACAUGCUCACCGCCACGAUGGUAUGAGCACUUUUUUCACAGUGGAGGACUGCCCUGAGCCCGUCACUCUGCCAGGACCCGACCUGCGUAACGUCAAGCACACAGUUAGCGAGGACAGCAGUGAAGACUACAGCUACGAAGAUGACGAUAAUUUGUUUAACACCAUAAACUUUUACCCUAAGAAACCACAAGUGCAGGCAAGAUCCAUUGGGGGACAGCCACGUAGAACCUGGCAGCAUUACAUCGCUGUUGAAGAGGUCGUCUGGAACUACGCCCAUCAUCUCAAACCCACAGACAGUGAGUUGCAGUCGGGAUAUCUGCCUGCAGCUCCCCAUCACCUGGGCUACAAGUAUAAAAAGGCGAGGUAUGUGGAGUACACAGACGCAUCUUUCACUCAGAGGAAGAGCUCUGACAAGACGCUGCUGGGUCCGCUCCUGAAAGGAAAAGUCAACGAUCAAAUCCAUAUCACUCUGAGAAACAUGGCCAGUCGACCUUUCAACAUCUACCCAAAUGGCCUCACCAGGAUCUAUCCACUGCACAGAUCUGCAAAUGCUGCAGAGACGGACUUGCGCUCCCUGGAAGUGCCCCCUAACGGGACGUUUACCUACGUUUGGAGGCUAACAAUAGACGAUGGACCCUUGGAAGGAGACCCCCAGUGUCUGACCCAGCUGUAUCAGAGCACCGUCUCCCCAGAGAGGGACUUGGCUUCUGGGCUGGUGGGCACCCUGCUCAUCUGCAAGCACGACACCAUGGACACCAGAGGACGUCUGCUGGUCCCAGAUAAAGAGUGGAGCUUGAUAUUUGCCGUGUUUGAUGAGAACAGAAGUUGGUACUUCAAUGAAAACAUGCAGCAGUCCACCCUGACCUCCUUUAACGCCACCGACCCUGAAUUCUACAACUCUAAUGUCAUUUACAGUAUAAACGGCACCAUGUUCGCUGGGCGUCAGUUUGUGGCGUUUCAAACUGACGUCACCCUCUGGCAUGUGGCCAAUGUGGGCACCCAGAGUGACUUCCUCUCUGUUUACUUCACUGGAAACCUCUUUAAGUACCAAGGCCUCUACCAGUCCGUUCUCACCCUCUUCCCCAUGACUGGCAUAACCGUUCCCAUGGAAACCGACCUGAUGGGUGAGUGGGAGAUCGGUGCCUACGACGGCAGCCUCAAGAGCCGAGGGAUGAGCAUCCGUUACAGCGUUCUUCACAGCAACGAUGGAGACAUAGUUGACCGUGACGGGAUUGAAGAAGAUAUCUCUGACUACAUCAAUGAUUUAAAUCUACCGAGGAGCAGAAGAACUGGAAAUCGCACAGUGUUGGUUCGAAUGUGUAAGAAACCCCGCGCUGAUAACAAUACUCUGUCAGUAAAUGCUUCCAGUCAAAAUGUCACUGAUGAUAAAGCUGUGGGGACCGGAGCUGAAGGACAGUCCGAAUGUGAGCUGAGGAAAGUGAUGGUGGGAGGAGAAAACCCCAACAUGGUGUCUGAGGGAGGAAUCCCACAGGAUGUCUUGGAGGAAAUAGCGAGAGAUGGUGAGUGGACGGUUUCUCAGAAUGGGACUGAACUUAAAGGAGAGAGAAGUGGCAGACAGAGAAGACAGGCAGAGGGCAACUGGACGGACACAGACAUCACUUCUGGAGAAGAUGGAGGAACUAGUGUAGAGAUUGAAGAAGAGGCUGUGGAAAAUAAGUCUGACGCUGGCGCAGAAGUAUUAUUUGAGGACAGAAGUGGAGUGUCAAGUGUGGAUAAUGUGACAAAGGGAGAGCUUGAAGAGAGCAACGAGAUCUUACUGAGCAGCAAUCGACAGCUGAGCGAGGAGAUCUCAAGUGUAGAGCAGAGCAGCUCAGAAGGGAUGGAUCAAAACUUAGUACCACAAAACCCCGUUCAGUCUGAACCUGAGCAAAUUACAGAAGAUCCGUUGGAUCUGGGCUACAACAAAACUGCCAAGAACAACAACAACACAUCAAGGAUUGACCGGUCCUUUGAGUACCUUGAGUAUGAUGACUACGGAAGCCAAGAGGUGAACAACACAUCAGAUAUGUUUGGCACGGAUUACAUAGACCUGCGCUCUGCAGGGACCAAAUAUCGCCACUACUACAUAGCUGCAGAGGAGAUCACCUGGGACUACGGCAUCAGAAAACCACAUCAGCUCAUCAAACCCAGAGAGAUGCGUCGAGGGAUGAGGAAGUUCCUGCCAGAGUAUAAGAAGGUGGUGUUUCGAGCCUACAGCGAUAAAGACUUCCUAAUUCCUGUAGGCAGAGGAGAGCCACAGGAACACCUGGGUAUCAUGGGACCUUUCAUCAAAGCUGAGAUUAAUGAUCUCAUCGCUGUGGUCUUUAAGAACAAGGCGUCCAGGCCUUACUCCUUUCAUCUUCAGGGAGUCUAUGAUCUCAGUCAGGGGGCCGGCAUGGGCCAGGCACAUUCCUCUGCUCCACUUGGGGUACCAGGAGAGCCUGUGGCUCCUGGGGAGGCGCGGACCUAUAACUGGAAGAUAACCAAGAAACAAGGACCCACUGACUCUGAAUUUGACUGUAAGACUGGGGCUUACUACUCCACUGUGGACAAGGAGAGGGACCUUCAUUCAGGUCUGAUUGGUCCAAUGGCGAUCUGUAAGCCCGGCACCCUCCGUAAGACACUGCGAGAGGUCCAGGAGUUCACCCUUCUCUUCCACACCUUUGAUGAAACUAAAAGCUGGUAUCUGGAGGAGAACCUGCAGCGGCACUGUGCUCCGCCCUGUCAGGCCAACACUGAGGACCCCUGGUACCACAUCAGCAAUAAGUUUGCAGCAAUAAACGGUUACGUGGCGGAGACACUUCCUGGUCUGCUGAUCGCCCAGCACCAGCUCGUCAGAUGGCACCUGCUGAAUGUAGGAAGUGACGGAGAGUACCAUUCUGUACAUUUCCACGGUUUGCCUUUCACUGUUCACACUGAGAAGGAACAUCGUAUGGGGGUCUACAACCUCUUCCCUGGAGUGUUCGGCACGGUGGAGAUGAGACCCCCUACAGUCGGCACGUGGCUGGUGGAGUGCACUAUAGGAGAAUACCAGCUGGCCGGAAUGAGGGCUAAACUACUGGUCUAUGACCGAGAAUGUGUCACGCCUCUGGGAAUGAAAUCAGGAAGGAUCGAGGACUCCCAGAUCACAGCAUCAGAUCAUAUAAAUACCUGGGAGCCGAGGCUGGCCAGGCUGGAGCAGUCUGGUUAUAUCAAUGCCUGGAUAGGCAGAGAUAAGACAUCAUGGCUACAGGUCGACCUUCUGAGGCCCACCCUGCUGCACGGUGUGCAGACGCAGGGAGUCAGAUCAAAACUGAGGGACAACUACAUCACAAUCUUUAAGGUCUCCUACAGUCUGGACCAGGAGACUUGGACCACCUACAGAGGAAACAGAACCAGGCAGAAUGAUGUACUUUACGGCAACAUGGACAGCUCCAAAGUGAAAAACAACGCUUUCUUUCCACCCUUUGUGGCUCGCUACAUCAGGAUUCACCCUGAAAACUUUGUGCAGAGGCCUGCUCUCCGUCUGGAGCUGCUGGGCUGCGACCUCAACAGCUGCUCUCUCCCUCUCGGGCUCUCGAAGGGGCAGAAGAAGUACAUUCCCGACGGCAACUUCAGCGCCUCCUCAUUUUAUUACUCUCUGCUGCGUAGCUGGAGCCCCAGCCUUGCUCGGCUCCAUCAGGAAGGCGGCGCCAAUGCCUGGAGGCCAAAGAACAACAACCCUCACGAGUGGCUGCAGGUUGAUUUUGGCAAAGUGAAACGCAUCACAGGGGUCGUAACCCAAGGAGCACGAUCAAUGUUGACCCAAAUGAUGGUGACAGAGUUCUCGGUCACCGUCAGUCAUGAUGAACACUCCUGGAGCAGUGUGUUGGAUGAAAGCUCCCAAAGAGAAAAGAUCUUCACAGGAAACAGCGACUCAGACGAAGAAGCUCUCAAUGUUUUUGAGCCUCCUCUGUUCGGGCGCUACUUCCGCAUCCACCCGCGGGGUUGGGUCAACGACAUCGCACUGCGUCUGGAGGUCCUGGGCUGUGACACGCAACAGGGGCUCUGACGCCGCCUGGCAAACCCACCAACGCCACGCAGCAACAUUUUAGUAGCCUAAUUUACAUUUUGGAGUUUGACAAUUGACGCAGAAUGUUUAUUUGUUACGCAGAGCACCUCUUAAGUUAUAUACUCCACGUAGCUGGUUGUGUAAGAGAAGCUAUUUCCUCUGUGGUCACAACUUUGUUUACAGUUAUACCUUUUUCACAACAUGCUAUUUGGUCAUUUCGUCAUGUCAUGUUAAGGAGGAUAUCAGAAAAAAUGUAUUGUAAGAUGACAGUUUAAACAGAGCCACAGUGUUGAAAACAAAGCUGAGCUACGCAGUUUGCUUUGAAGGAGUAUUUCAUACCACAAAUUACCAUUUGCAUAUAAAUUACUCACCCUGUGUUACAUCAAGUUCAUGAAGAAAACUCUUCUUACAUGCCUCCAUGGUGAACAAAACAUCCAACAAUGGAGGAAAUUCCUGAUGAAUUGAAGUCAUAGAGGUUUCACAAUAGCAAAACUAUAUCAAAAACAUCUGUAUACAAACUCACACAACUUGUGUUCAGUCGUAUGCUCAGUACUUCCCAACGAGACAGCCCUUUCCAGUGGGAACCUGGACUAAAAGCUUCACUUAUCUAAGCUCUCUUCAAAGCCAGACUCCAUUUGGAAAAACAGUAAUUUUACCUCACUGAGCACAGGAGCUGCUGGUCUACCACUGCCUCGAUUAGUUAGUUUGUUUGUGUUAUUGUGUGACUUCGGUGAAUCCGAAUUAAUCUUUAAAACACCAAAGUCACACAAACAAACUAACAGACCCAACAGUUGUAGACCAGCAGCUUCUGUGCUCAAUGAGGUUAAAUUGCUGUUAUUUUUCAAUGGAGUCUGGCUUUGAGGAGAGCACCGAUAAAUUUCACUUUUCGUUCAGUUUCUUGAGCAGACAGCCGGAAAGGGCUGUCUGUUUUGGAAGUGCUGAGCAGACAACUUGAUAAAUAAGAAUUAGAUUAUACUGCACAAGUUGUGCAACAGUUCUUAAACAGAUGUUUCUGUGUGGAGUUUGCAUGUUCUCCCCGUGUCAUUGUGGGUUUUCUCCAGGUACUCCGGCUUCUUCCCACAGUCCAAAGACAUGCAGGUUAAUUGGUGACUAAGUUGUCCGUAGGUGUGAAUAUGAGCAUGAAUGGUUGUCUGUCUCUAUACGUCAGCCCUGUGAUAGUCUGGUGACCUGUCCAGGGUGUAACAGGAUACGCAGUUACAGAACAUGAAUGAAUGUUUAGCUAUAGUUUUGCUGUUAUUGAAUGUGAGCCCCUGUGACUUCAAAUCAUCAAGAAUUUUCUUCACAAAUUAAGCUCUACACAGGAUGAGUGACUGAUAAAUAAAUGAUCAUUCAGGUGGUGAAGUAUUUCUUUAACUGCAGAGCAAACCUUUUGAAUGUAAGCAUGUGUAUUUAUUUCAGUUGGAUGUAUAAAGUUUGAAUGGUUGAUGUAUAUUGUUGGAAUAUAGUUUGUAUUUAUGUAUUUUUCUGCUUUACUAGAGUUUAUAUAUAAACAAUAAAUCUCAAAGGGUU